AAAGAAAAAACGCUGGCUUCUGCAGCGGAAACAUCGACUCAUGGCGUUACAAACAGAGGCCACUUUCUCCCUCCAACGUUGAGAGUUCCCACGCGCACACAACGCACUCUCUCUCUCUCAUUAUUAUUCUCAUUAUUAUUAUUAUUAUAUCCUCUCUCUUUCUUUGUGAAGAGGAUAAAUAGAUAGUAGGACUCACGGAGAGAUUUGGAAGAAAGGAUUUUAGAGAGGAGAUCUCAGCUGCUUCGUCUCGAGAGGUGUGUAAGUCCGGGGUUAUGCACAAUUUUGCAUCGUUGGGUCUCAAAUGAUUCUCAUUUUUGGAACAUAUCAGUUUCAUCCUCAUGGAGAUUGAUGGUGCUGUAAACAAAUAUUUUGCGAUCGUUCGUGAGGACGAAGUAUAUCUUCUAUGAACUAUUGGCACUUAUGAAUUCGAACAAUCUGGAAAUCUAUCCGGCUGCAAAUGUUUUCAUGUUUUUGUAAUUUUGAAGUUACAGAUAUGACGAAACCUGGGAAUUUUUCCCGCAGAAGUGGAUUGUUCGGUUCAAGUGAGAACACGACGCUAAUUGUGUUCGCAAGUAUUGGAAUGACAGUUGGAUACAUCUUGGCGAUUUCUAAUCAUGCGAUUAACACGACGGAGGUUUAUGUUUCCACAAAUUCUCGAGGCGCGGGAAGACUUCCACCAGGUAUUGUUGUGUCUGAAUCAGAUUUUUAUCUCCGCAGGUUAUGGGGCGAUCCGGAAGAGGACCUUCUUGUUGAGAAGUAUCUUGCAACAUUUGCUGUCGGAUAUGAUCAAAAAGCUAAUGUUGAUGCAAUAGUCAAAAAAUUCUCUGAAAACUUCACAAUUGUAUUGUUCCAUUAUGAUGGCCGGGCUAGCGAAUGGGAAGAAUUUGAGUGGUCGAAGCGAGCUAUCCAUGUCAGCGCCCGGAAGCAAACCAAAUGGUGGUAUGCCAAACGAUUCCUUCAUCCGGACAUUGUGGCUCCGUAUGAGUACAUAUUUAUCUGGGAUGAAGAUUUAGGAGUGGAGCAUUUUGAUGCAGAAGAGUACAUUAAACUUGUAAAGAAGCAUGGAUUGGAGAUCUCACAACCUGCUUUGGAUCCCCAAGGCAGAGUCUUCACAUGGCCAAUAACACUAAGAAGAGACAACGGAGAAGUUCAUAAGCGAGUCCUAGAAGAUUUCAUUUUCCCUCCGAUGGAAAUUUGGAAGCCAGAAGGGUGCGCUGACCCGCUUUUACCGCCAUGUGCUGCAUUUGUCGAGAUAAUGGCACCCGUGUUCUCCCGCGCUGCAUGGCGCUGUGUAUGGCAUAUGAUUCAGAAUGACUUGGUUCAUGGAUGGGGCCUUGAUUUUGCGUUUAGAAAAUGCGUGGAGCCGGCUCACGAGAAAAUCGGUGUUGUAGAUGCUCAGUGGAUUGUUCAUCAAGCAGUUCCUUCACUAGGGAACCAGGUCGAGCCCGACGAAGACAAAGCACCAUUGGAAAGGGUAAGGGAGAGGAGCAGGAAAGAAUGGGACCUGCUUGAGAAGAGGCUGGCACACGCAGAGAAGAUGUACUGCUGGAGAAAAAGGAUCGCUCCCCAAUUUUUAGUUUAACAUUCACUUAAGCAAGUGUAACAAAUCAGAUAACUAUAGAUUCCAUUUUCUUUUUAUAUAGAGCGUUACUUGGCAUUCAAAUUGAA